UUAUSCAUAAUAUACAACUGUUCUGAGAUAUUUUUAUAAACCCUAGUUUUAUGAUAUUGUCUCUUGCAAGUGGUCGUUUCACAUUCGGAUUGUAGACCAUAGUAUAGUAUUUAACACCAAAUACUUUAAUUUAUAGUAUUUGUUUAAACUUGACUGAAUUAACAUCAGUAUUUUGUUUGACCGAUGGUUACUGUGUAACAAAAUAGCAAGUUAGUGACAAAGAAGAAAUUCGCUCAGAGUUUCUACACGUUUACACGAAGCACUCUGAACGUCUGAACAUUUUUUUGUUUCCUAGUCUGAAGUUUGCGCGUUGGCGAAGUUUGUCUUAAUUUUGAAAAUUUUUUACUUGUGCAGUCCGCAAUAAGUGCACUUAUACUGGCUCUCAAGGACUAUUUUAUUGUUACUGCUACGUAGAUAUUACUAGUUUUUGUAACAUGAAAAAGCAGAUAAUUAAAAAACCUUUCCGUGUAGCUGUUGAGGGAAAUGUUGGGUCUGGAAAAUCAACAUUGAUAAAGUAUUUUGAAAAGUUUAAAGAUGUCGAAACAAAUCCUGAACCAAUAGAAACAUGGCGAGAUUUAAAUGGUCAUAACUUGCUUCAACUAACAUACUCAGAUCCUCAAAGAUGGAAUUUUGCUUUUCAACAUAAUGUACAAUUAAGCCGUUUGAAUUUACAGUCCAAAACUACAAAUAAGGACGUACAAAUGUUUGAACGUUCAUUACAAAAUAAUAGAUAUUGUUUUGUGGAGAUGGCUCAUGACAAAGGAUUAUUAUCUAGUCCUGAAUAUGGAGUUAUGUGCCAAUGGUAUGAAUACAUCGAAACAAAUGUGGACAUUGGAUUAGAUCUAAUUGUCUAUCUAAGAAGUUUACCAGACAUUGUGUAUACAAGAAUGCAACGUCGCAAUCGUCCAGAAGAGCGCACUGUUAAACUUGAUUAUUUGGUAGAUUUACAUGAAUAUUAUGAAAAAUGGCUAAUGGAGAAAUAUUAUAAACUCCCGUGUUCAUUAUUGGUGAUAGAUGUCAACAAAGAUUUAUCUGAAAAUCAGCUUGUAGAUAUAUAUAAAACUUAUGAGGAUAAAAUAUUAGGAAAAAUACCAGUUUUAUAAUGUUAUAACUUAUAAGUUACUAUUGUAAGUGAUAUCAUCUGUCAGCCAAAUAAAUCUUUUACAAAUUAAUGCAUAAGUUAUUAUUUUAA